UGAGAUCCUCCGUCAAAAGGGUCCAAACCAACGAUGGUGAAACGCGCGGCGCUAAAACAAGGUGGUGCUGAUACCGGCACAGAGGAAGAUGAAGAAGCACAGGACAUUCCUACAUUUAAUUCUAAUCCUGAAGAAAUUGCUAAACGCCAAAUUAAAGGACUACCAAGGCGUUCUCGCAGUUCAGCAGCCCCCGCUUCAACCCAGGUCACAUCGUUGGGCACAAAGUCACAACCUACGCUUUUGUUUGGUUCAGCGGCCAACCCCGUCACCGUCUCGCAAUUCAAGUUCUCUCCUGCCUCAACAGCGCCGACCAUUGCACCCACUUCGUUCGCAUCUUUUACCCCCCCAUCUAACCUGUCUAUCAAAUAUGACACCCAGCUCACCUUUUACUCGUCAAUGAGAGGUCUCAACCAUUCCCUUCUCAAAUCUUUACAAGAGGUCAUGACCACGGAUCCAUUUGUGGAUAUGCGGCCCAUCCUACAGGAAGCGCUCACCAAAUACACGAGCCACCAAGCAAGCAUCCAAAAAGAAAAUGAUCGAAAGGAGGGGCCAGAGAAGCCACCGACGACAGAAAGCACUGCCGUGGAAUCUGCCAAACCCCCAAUUCCGAUGACAAGUCCCCCAACAGCGGGUUUUUUGUUUGGCGGGAAACCAGUCCCUAUUGUAUCAGGCCCAGAAAAAUCAAAAAAGGAUGCUGGGGGUUUCAUAUUCAAGCCACCGACGGGCUCAGCUCCACCCGCUUCCACGAAUAUCUUCAGCGCCUUUGCGAAGAGUGCUUCUCCCGCGCCUGUGUUCCUCCCCCCUUCGGUUGCUCCAGAUACUGGGGCCGAGGAAGAUUCAACGAUUCUCCAGCCCACUCCUCCAGUUCCGAUGGAAAAUGUGGCCUCCGGGGACUCAGACGAGUCUGCAGAUGUGCCUGAUAACGCCAAGCAGCCUCCAAAGCCAGUACCAUCAUUCCCUACGCAAGCCUUUAGCACUCCCGCCUUUGGUACUGCAUCUUUCGGUACAACCGCAUUCGGAUCAUCAGGCGGCGCCUUCUCUUUUGGCUCGAAUUCAAAGACAUUCCAACCCCAAAGGGCUGGAGGCAAAACAGAAGAAGGCGACAAUUCAACUGCCCCUUCAUCGGGUGCCGCCCCCAGCGCCUUUCCCACUAUCAAUGAUAAGGCGGACAAUGCAUCCCCGAAUGUCUCCGGUGCUUCAAUAAAUGGCUCUCCAGAGCCAAUCCCAGGCAAGGCAACAGGUGAAGACAGUGACCCAUCAACUACUUCGGUGCUUCCAGCCCAAGGAUUUGGGGGCGCGUCAAAGGGUCUCACAUUCUCCGCUUCAUCUUCCUCCCCCUUCAGCGGCACAAGUAACCCCUCUUCUUCAUUUGGCGCCUUUUCCGGGACAGGCAGCGCCUUCGCUUUCAAGCCCUCGAAAGAUGAUGAGCCCUCGGAUAAUAGUUCAACAACUUCUUUCAAAUUUGGCGUAACUUCAAAACCAUCCGUAUUCGGUACGAGUUCUUUCGGGGCCCCAUUGCCGUCUGCCGCACCACAAACCAAAAAUCCGAUCUCGUUUGGUUCCUCUCCCAAACCGUUCGGUAAUUCUGUCGGAUUUGGCUUCGGCAUGCACCUGAAGGAGACCAAGCCUCAGGAAUCAGCCAUUCCGCCGGCGGACGCAGUCACUUCACCAGCAGAGCCUGCAGAAGGCGCCGACACAGAGGGAGAAGCUCUCACUGGAGCAGACCCGUUUGCUCACGACCCUUCGUCAUCAGGAGAUGCUGACACUGAGGGUGAAGGAGAAGAAAAUGAAACUGCCUCAUACACUGGACGAUCCAAACUGUUGAAGUUCGUUGAUGGUGCCUGGAAAACUUGCGGCGUCGGUUUUUUCAAAGUGAAGAAGAAUAAAGAAAGCGGGAAGCAACGAGUGUUGUUCCGUUUGGAAGGAUCCAAGAAGGUGGCGGCGAAUUUCAAUGUCUAUCCUGCAAUGAAGGUCACCCCCAACAAAACCGCGAUGAGUUUUGGGGGUUUUGAAGGUUCCAACUUGGUUCCCUAUGGCUUGCGGUUUGCAUCUGUUGAGAUGAGAGAAGAAGCGCAGAAGGCCCUGGAAAAUGCAAUCUUGGAACUUUGAACACUGCUUCAUACACUUGGUGCUCGCUAAUGCCCUAGCAUUCGGUACUUAAUGAACAUUUCCCUCUUCUUUAUUCUAUGUCGCCCUUUUCGCCGCCUUGUUGGAAAUAUUACGUAAUAUAUCGAUAUGCUGG